AUGAGCGCCAACAGUUUUUCUUUUCAGGUAUUAUCAGAUAAAACUAAGCGCUUUUUCAGUAAUUAUCCAAUUAUAUCAGGAAUUGUCUCUGGUUUUCUGAUUGUAUUUGCUUACAUCUUAAUCAGUUGCGUAAUUACAGAAAUUAAUUUCAGCCAUCAGCCAUUUAUAGAGUUUCGGUUUGGCGAGCAGAAGCAUGAAACAAAAUAUAACGAGUAUAACAUUUUCUUUCGAAUUUUAAUUUCAAUAAUAUAUUCCGUUGUUUACUUAUUAAUCUGUGUAAUCAAGUUCAUCAUAGCAUUUCCGAUUGCUAUCAUCAAAUACUUGCUUUGCACAGUAAAAUCUCCCAAAUUCAGACAUUUCAAAAUUGUUGUUCGACUUCCAGCAUUUCCUGAUUUACCACUCAAGAAUACAUUAACCGAUCUUAUCAUAUUCAUGUACAAAUUGUCUUGUUUGUUUAGGCACAUUUUGAGAUGGAUUUUAUACCCAUUCAAGUCAGUUUUCAGACUCUUCAAACGGUUGUUUAACUCAAUUUGCAAAUUCUUCACACUUUGCUUGGAUAAAUACCUUUGCUACGAUUAUGAUCAAAAAUGCUGCGAAGAAGAAGAAGAAUACGAAGAAGUACAAGAAGAACAAGAGCCAGAAUUUAUUGGUGAAACAGGCGGUAAUGUAACAGUUAAUGAACCAGUCCCAGAAGAUUUAAUGAAACAAAUCAACCAAAGUUUAACAGAAUUUGUUCGCAAUUAUGAUUUAUAUAAAGAAGGCCUUAAUUCUAUAGAAGGAUUACUUAACGGACUUGAAAAAGAUAUUCAGGAACUUUCGCAAUUAGAAAAAGAUCAAAUUAAAGAAAAUUUGAAAGAAUCAUUAGCUAAGAUUGGCGCUGAAAAUGAAGAAGCUGCUAAGAAGGAAAUCAGAUCUCUUCUCAAAGCGCUCUCGAAGGAAGUUCCAAUUGAUAUUUACUAUAAGAAAGAAAAAGUACCAUUUACAAAGAGUAUUACAGUUCCUUUCGAUGGAAAAGUUUUGUAUGAAUUUACAUUAGACCAUCCUGCAUUCAUUAGCAGCUUAAGAUUUGCUAAUUUAGAAAAUUAUCCAAAUCAUCUCAAAAAAUUUGAGAUUAAAUUCAUUUCUAGGACAAGUGUUAGGAGAACCAAGGAAGAACUAGAUGUCGCAAUUAGUGGUUCUCUUCGCAUUCCUCUUGAUAUCCCUGUUCCUUGUGAUAAAAUUGCUCUGUUAGUCAAAGAAUCAUAUGGUUCCGGUAAGGAAACAGUAAUCCCUCCAUUUGUUGUUUAUGAAACUGUAACUUCCUCAUAA